AUGGAGCCAUCGAACGCCACGCUGCCCCCCACGCUGCCCCCCACGCUGUUCCCACUGCCCCCCCCCACCCUGAACUGGGACGGCCAGCUGCUGGUGGCCUGUGCCGUGCUGGGGUUGCCGGCCAACGCCUUCACCCUCUGGCUAACGGGCUGGCGCCUGCGGUGCCGGGGCCUGGCCACCUUCAUCUUCAGCCUGGCCACCUCUGAUUUCCUCUUCCUGGCCAACUCCCUCCUGCAGAUCUGGUCGGUGGCCCACGGCUACCAGUGGCCACUGGGCACCCACCUCUGCCGCCUCUACAUGUUCCUCUACUGUUGGGGUUACUACAGCGGGCUCUUCUUGUUGGCCACCAUCAGCCUGGACCGGUGUCUCUUGGUGGCCACCCCGCUUUGGUACCGGUGCCACCGGCCCACCCGCUUACCGGUGGCUUUGUGUGUGGGCUCCUGGCUAGUGGCAGGGGGGUGCAGCUUGCCCGACGCGGCGUUGUCGGUAGCCGAAGAGGUGUUGCCCGGCGUGGUGAUGUGCUACAGCCAACGGGGGAGCUGGGAGGUCCCCAUGAGGUGGCUGGAGGUGAUGGUGGAAGGGCUACUGCCCUUCAGCGUGGUGGUGACGUGCCACGGAGCCGCCUUGGUGUUGGCACGCUGCCGGGGUGGCCAAGGUGGCCGCCCGCCGGCUCGUUUCCAGCACAUCUUGGUGGCCACGUUGAGCAUCUACGUGCUGCUGCAUCUGCCCUUCCAGGUCACCCAGUUGCUGCAGCUGGUUGUCCCCGAGCCCCCGAGCCACCUCCUCUACCUGCUGGGGCUGGUCUUCAACCUGAGCAGUUGCCUCAACCCCUGGCUCUACCUGCUGCUGGGCACCCGGGCCUGCCACCACCUCGCCCGCCUGCCACCCGCCAUCCUGGCCCGCCUGGCACCCACUGCUCUCGCUCACGUGCCACCGGCCACCAGCCCCCGUGGGCCACCUGCCACUGCCACCCCUCGGCCACCCGUUGCCAUCACCUCGGUGCCACUCUCCCCUGUCAACUCUGUGCCACCCCCUCCUGAAAUCCCUGUGCCACCCUGUCCUGUCACCUCUGAGCCACCCACUGGCAUCACCCCUGUGCCACUCUCCCCUGUCACCCCUGUGCCACCCCCUCCUGAAAUCCCUGUGCCACCUUCUCCUGUCACCCCUGUGCCACCCACUGCCAUCUCCCCUGUGCCACUCUCCUGUCACCCCUGA